UCUUUCUCUGCCUUUUCAUUUCGCGCCACACUCUCUCUCUCCUCUCUCAGUUCUCUUUCUCCUCUCCUGAAUUUUUCUUGGUAAGUGGUCCCCCAUCUACACACUCUCCCUCUCUUUCUCUUGAGAAACAUGACAAGGGAAAGUAUGAAUUUCGUUUGCUUUCACACUUUAGAUGAUCCAUUGGUAGCAAAAGUUGUUGACUCUCCUAUCUAGAGUGUUCAGUGUAAAGGUAGAUGAAGAAGAAUCAUCUAAGAUUUAGCACUCCUGAAUGCAAUAUAUAGAGCCAUUUGCGUUGAGGUUACAAGUAUGGUGAGGCAACAAAGAGCCUUUAAAGUUCAUGAGGACAGAUAUCAAGGCAAGGAUGAGUUGGUGAAGCGUGAUAUGUUGGAUCCACCAAGCUAUCUCCGAAGAAGAAGAACUCAAGAUAUCCGUGGAAAGGCUUUGAGUUUUGGUGUUUUGGAUUGGAAACAGUUUGAACAUUGCAAGGAGGAUUCUACUUCACAAGGAACCAAAGGUCCCUGGUGUAGUUAUAACACUGGUUUAGUGGAAGCUUCUACAAGCUCGUUGGAGCUAGAUUCAAAGCCCCAAACAGCAUUUGUAAGCCCCAAGAAAGAACAUCAAGCAUCUCUGAAUAAGAAUCUGGUAGAGAAAGAACAAGGUAAAGCCUCUGAGCUUAGCUCGUUUACUCUUAGCCGCAAGUCAAACGCAGCGUCAGAGACUAGUCCUAUGCUUUUAUCUGAGACCUUUAGAACAGUUGAAUGUCUAGAUAGAAGACAUGAUGGUGAUGUUCCAGGUGAAUGUUCAAGUUCAGUUAAUGUAAUGGAGAGGAACCAAACCUCUUUGUUGGAUCAAAAGAUACCUACAGUGACAUCCAACAAGGAAAGACAUGCUUCUCCCAGCCGCCGCUUCAGCUUCAGUUUUAGUCAGAUGAGUAGAAGUUUCAGCUCCAAAGAAAGCUCAUCCUCUGUUCCUCCAUUAUCAAGCACAUCUCAUGCUUCAGCUAAAUCAGGUCCUUUAACAUUCAAUGAUUCAUUUUACUCCAACCACUCCACCAGAACUAGAUCAGGCCCUUUAAUAAUACCAAAGUCUGUAAAUAACGUGGCUACAAGACUACCAACCAUGGAGAAGAACCAUCGCAGCUCAAGAUCCCACGCUAUCUUGCAAUUCACUUUGAGAAAAGGUAUCAGUUUGUUUCAGUUUGUAGUUGACAACAACGUUCUUGCUGCCACCAUGAAGAGUUCAGGUUCUUCCACACGGUCUUACACAUUGUAUACCAUCAAAGAAGUUAAAAACAAGAGUGGAAACUGGUUAGGUCGUCACAAGAAUGACCAUCCAUUUGUACAUACGGUUAUCGGUCAAAUGAAGACUAACUCGGAUUCAGCAACACACAAAUCAGAAUCUGUUUUGUUCGGUGUUGAGACAAACGAAGAGCUCGCGGCAGCUAUUGUUCAGAUAAGAAACAGAGUUCAGAAGCAGAGCACAACUACUGUUAUACUCCCUAGUGGAUUUCACACGCUUCCUAAAGACGGUAACACCAGCCCUUUGCCGUUGAUUAAGAGGUGGGAAUCCGGUGGAUCAUCAUGCGACUGUGGUGGCUGGGACAUUGGUUGCAAACUCCGUGUCUUGUCUAAUGAUCAUCGUGCAAAGUCUCAAACCUUUUCAAGCUUUCAACUGUUUGAUCAGGAAAGAGAUGAACCAGCAUUCAAGAUGGUGACACAUGACAAUGAACUUCACUCAGUUGAGUUUGGUUCAUCGGUCUCUUUGUUGGAAGCGUUCUUUAUCUCGUUGGCAGUAAGCAGUCAUCAAAAUAUGAGUGAAGAGGAGGAGGAAGCGGUUUUGAUUGAAGAUGGUACGAUGAAGAGACAAACAUCGAUAAAGUACGCAUCAAACCCACCCGUUUCUCCAAUUGGUCGGGUCUAGUGGCAGUGUCAUCUGGCUGGGCUUACAACUGUAGUUAAGUGUUUAUAUAAAAUUUGUGCAAUGUAUAAAAAAUAGUGAAAAUGCAUUUUUGUACCCUUCAACAUCUUCAAAUCAGCUAAUAAAAACAUAUCAUCAAAUCCCAAUCACUAUUGGUCAAUUUAAG